AUGUCCGACCAGAGCAGCAGCGAAGAUGGGGAGUCCGACUCCCAGCACAGCCUGUACAUGGUCUUCCUCCUUGUCUUGGUCUUCUUCAUCAUGGGGCUGGUAGGGUUCCUCAUCUGCCAUGUCCUGAAGAAGAAGGGCUACCGGUGCAGGACGUUCCGGGAUGAGCUCGACCCAGAUAAUAAGGACGUGCUGGCAGAACUCCAGGCCAAUGAAGAGGAGGAGCUGAAUGAGGACACCGUGGAGAAGAUCGUGAGAUGCAUCAUCCAGAAUGAAGCAAACGCAGAAGCCCUCAAGGAGAUGCUGGGGGACAAUGAUGGGGACAUAGCAGUGCCAAUGCCCAGCCUUUGUCCCCACCGUAACAGCCAGGAUGGAGGCCCCCCUCACCACCAUACAGUGCACCUGGGCUCCACGCAAGCCCCCUGCAUCCACUGCAGCAAAAGGAGGAGGCACCCACUGCACCGCCAGGGCCGGUCCAAGGAUGGCAAAGGCCGGAUGCACCCCGGAGAGACCACUGUCUUCUCAGUGGGCAGGUUCCGUGUCACGCACAUCGGGAAGAAGCCGGCUUUCCAUGAGCAGCAGGACAGCGCCCAGCCUGACGGCAGCAAGGAGCCAAGCACGGAGGAGCUGGAGCACAGCAGUGAGCGGUUCCAACAAGAGCAGGCUCACAAUGGGACUGUCCCCACGGGUAGCCUGGAGAAUGGGGCUGUGCAGGAGGGGACACAGGGUGGCAAGGGCACGGAGCAGAGCCGCACCGGCACCCCAGUGCCUGGCACUGCAGUGGGCAGCUCUCCUGGGAGCACCAGUCGGCAGCGGAGGCUGCUGAGCCGCCGGGUUCUGGGAGGGUCGAGUCCCAGCAUCCCAGGUCAGCUGGGGCAGGAGGAGGCCGGACUGGGAUCAGCAGAUGAGGUGUCGGAUAUUCACGGGAGCCUGAGCCUACAUGAAGUGCCGGAUGAGAUGGGGAGAGAAGACAGCAGCAGGAGGCAGCCCGGAGCAGAGAACAUGGGGCAGCAGGAGCCCAGCGCUGUGGUGCAUGACCGAGGAGCCACUGUGUGAUCUCCUCUCCACUCUUGGCCCUGGUGGCUGACAGCAGGCACAGGGCCCCUUGGCCCCACACAGGGCUGGAGGCUCAGCUGUGGGGGGCAGCUGGCCCCAGCCCCAGCCCGGGCGAGCAACUUGGCAUGGCCAGAGCGACGCACGGACAUUACAGACCUCAUCCCAUCAGCAAUAGUUUACCCAACUCCCCCCAUGGCACUCACCACCCCGCUGCUGCCCAUGCCUCGCACCCCAAGGAAGGAUGCUGCAGGGGUGGGCAGGGGCACCGCCUUGAGCCCCCCAACCCUGAAUUCACUGCAGAUCA